GUAAAAAUAGGACGUCAAGUUCAUUCAUGUUUAUUGUAUUUCGGCGCCUAAAAGUUUGAGUGAUAAUAUUUUAAUAAAAUAAAUAUAUUAUUAUGCAAUAAUAAACAAAAACAUCGAAUAAUGGAAGAAGAAAAACUCAUCCGAAGAAAGAAGAAGGCUCUAAACAGCAGCAAUAGACGUGCUUUAGCUGAAGCUUAUAAUGAUUUGGCAUCAUUUUACUAUAAACACAAUCGUUACAGUGAUGCCCUAGAUGAGUAUAAGAGCGAGGCAUCGAUUUACAAAGAUUUAGGAUUACGUUUGGAAUGGGGCACUAGCAACCGUAUGAUUGGAGAGAUGUAUAUGCUGUUAGCGGAAUUUGACAAAGCUCUGAAGUAUGAGGAGCGACAUUUAGCUGUAGCAAAAGAGUUAAAGAAUUUAGUGGAGGAACAGAGAGCUAUGGCUACACUAGGCAGAAUAUAUUUGCUACAAGGUCAAAGUACUACAGAUGAGAGUGAGUCUAGAGUAUCUCUGAGAGCUGCUGAAAAAGCUUUCAUGAAAAGUCUUGUGUUGUGUGAAAAUUUAAAUGGCAAGAUAAAUAAACACGAGCUAAUGGAUAUGAGAGCCCGUCUGCUUCUAAAUAUUGGUGUGGUGCAGGAACACUUAGGAAACCUAGAUAAAGCCUUGGACUGUAUCAACAAAGCCAUAUCAAUAUGCUCCAGCCAGGAUUUGUAUGAAGUUCUGCACAAUUGUUACACUACUGAAGCAUUGUUACAUUGUAAUAAGAAGAAAGAUUAUGCCAAAGCCUUAAGCUGCUUGAAUAAGGCUCUUGAAGUUGCUAGCAGACUUGAAGAUAAGGUUUUAAAGACAUGUGAAACAUUAGCAUCGAAAGCUGAUAUCUUGUGCAAGAUGUCUGACUAUCAGAGUGCUAAGCAGGUUCUGCUCAAAGCUUGGAAAAUGAAGACUCCUGAUGAAGAGGAACAUGAGAUAAUUGAAUCUAAUCUGAGAGUUGUGGCAGCAAUGUGCUAUACAGAAGACCUUCUAGUAUCAACGGACCCGUCCGACCAUAGCACGUUUAAAAAGCAUUAUGAAAAGUUAGGAGAUGGAGCUUGUCAUCUUAAGAACUAUGCAGGGGCAAUCGAGUACUAUUUGAAGAUGUUAGACCAUGCUGAACUGGCUGGCGAAUGCGGGAAGACUUUGAUACCGAUUUAUGUGAGCCUCUAUCAAACAUACAAAGACAUGGGUUCAUACAAUGAAGCACUUGAUUACUAUGAGAAAGAGUAUGAACUGAUCAAAGAUGUGCCAAAAGAGGCAUUCACAACUAUGUACAAUAUUGCAGAGACUUUGUUCCUAGCUAAGAAGCCGUAUGGUCAGAUUGAGAAGGCUUGUUUAGAAGCUAGGAGGGCUGCUCAAGAAUGGAACAAAAGAAAAUACGAAAUCAGAGUACUAAAAAGCUUAUUGAAGUAUCAAGAAGAAUAUGGUGAAACUGACAAAAUGGAGCAGAUCAAAGACGAAUUAAGAGCUCUAGGGUAUGAGAACUUAGAUAACUUGGAGAAUUCUGAAGAUGAACAGAGCUCUGCUGGGGGUGGUGACGAAGAUAUUCAUAUUGGGGAUGAUAUAUGCUUGGAUGACCUUACUGAUUUAUCAGAUACAAACGAAGAAGAAGUGACGGAGACAAAACGUGAGACGCGCAAACGAGGCAAAGGAUUCACAAUCAAAAAGAAUAUGAAAGGAGAAUCCCAGUUACAUGUCGCAGCCAUCUCGGGCAACAAACUAUUAGUGGAGCGCUUAAUAGCUCAAGGCCAUCCAGUGAAUAUUAGGGACAAUGCGGGCUGGUUGCCCUUACACGAGGCCUGCAUACAUGGCCAUACUGAAGUCGUCAAUAUACUCAUCAAUAACGGUGCUAAUGUCAACGAUAGAGGCGGAUCUAAUUGUGAUGGCAUCACACCCCUAUACGACGCAGCAAGCAACGGUCACUUAGAAGUAGUUCAAUUACUGCUAGAAAAAGGCGCGAUAUCAACACUUAAGACAGAUUUUGGCGAAACACCAUUACACGUCCUCCAAAAAUGGCGAACGGGUACCAUAUUAACAAAAGAUGAAGAAACAAUGUACAACAAUAUAUGUAAUAAAAUCCAAAACUCGAUAGACAAAACUAAUUCAGCAGAAUUAUUUAAUAGAUCCAAAUCUAGAACUCCAGUUAAACCUGUGAAAGAUGUUACACCGCCUAGCACCUCUAAAAUGAAGAGUAGGAUCAAUGAACUAGACACACCCGUGUUUAAAAGAAGAAAUAUAAUUGACGAUGACAGUGAUGACGAUUUAGAUCUAUCACAGAACGUAAGGAAUGAAGCCGCAUUCCCAUCUGACGACUCCAACUCAUCUGAUGAUAUCAAAGUUAAAGACAAGAAGAAAUCUAAAGGCGUUAAAGAAUACAGAAGUGCUAUAGAAGCUCUAAGAAACAGGAGCAUCAGUGACGCUCCCGAAGUUGCAGCAAAGAAACCUAAAGUCAAACCAGCGUUACUAGACCCAGAAGAAGUAGACGACGAUUGGCUAGAUGAUGACUUAGGAAUCAAUAAAAAUAAUAAAAAAAGAAAACUAACUGACCCUCUGACUACGGUAGCUAAAAAACCUUCCUACGAAAGCAUAAAAGACAAAAUAGAAGAUUUAAAUAAAAUUACUCAACCUCUUGUUGACAAUAAUAGGUCCAGUGCUAAAAAGAAAUCGAGGAUCAGUGAUGUUAUGGAUGUAAGUGAGAACAGUUCUGACUCAGAUAGUUUUAGGAAUGAAAAUGUUAGACCAAGAGUGACUGCUUCACAAGCUAUGAGAAAUAUCGCUAAGGAACUUAAUGAAACUAAAUCUAGGGAUAGUAGGGAUAAUAUGAAACGUCGGUGGAAACGACAGAGCACGCUGUUAAAAGCUGGCUUUCAAAGGCAGAGAGAAGAUGACGCAAGCAACAGUGGGAGCGAUACAGAAUAUUCUAGAAGGGACAUAAAUAAUAGACUGACUCCAACAGGGACAUUUACUCGAAAGACUUCGGGAGAAAAUUUCGCUUUUAAUUCUAGUACACAUAACGAUGGUUUUAAUAUAAUGCAAGGCAUGAACCCUAAUAUAGUGCAACCAAUGAAUGUAAUACAGCCGAUAAACAUAGUUCAAUCAACUAAGAACGGUCGGCCAGUACAAACCCAGAUCUUGCCGCCGGCCGCGGUCAAAGUACAGGUGGAAGACAAAGUGCUACUAAUAUCGUUGAAGUUGGAUACGAUAAACAAAUUGACAAUCAGCUGGCUGGUUGAAGAAGUCAAAUCUAGAUAUUACAAAUUGACUGGCGUCCGUCCUGUGUUCAGUUUGAUGACGUCAGAUGGUGCUAUACUGUCAGAGGAAGAUCCAUUGAGCUUAGUUCUGUCUUCACCUGAACUUAAGACGUGUAUCACUAACUGGAAGGCUUCUCCCGCCGAAGAACGGUACCUCGAGUGCUGUGAUGCUUUGAGUAUACCUCCCUCUGAAGAAAUUCAGCAAGCAGUCGGUAGGAGUCACACUACGCGACGAAUAGCGUUAGGAGCAAGGACGUUAUCAUCAUCACAAAUAAGACCUUUAUUCAGAGCCCUCACCCAUCAGACACAUAUUACAGCGAUCAUGAUAUCAGACAACAACAUAGGAGACGCGGGCGUCAAAUAUCUAACCGAAUGCUUGUGCACCAUGAAGCAAUUAACUCAUUUAGAUAUAAGCAGAAAUAACAUCACAAGCGAAGGAACAAAACACCUACUAACCAUGUUCGAAAGAACAAACCGACCCGCUUGCACAACCCUAGAAGAACUCGAUAUUAGUAGCAACCCUGUAACAGAUAACGGCUUCAGGAACAUAGCAAAAAUAACUCAAUACGUACGAUUAAAAACGCUAAAAUUAAAUUAUUGUAAUAUAACAGAAAAUGCGAUUAACGAUUCGAUUAAAUCGAGUAUGAAUUUCGAUUGUUUGGAAUCGAUUGAUUUGAGCAAUAAUGAUGUGAAACAGGGUGUUGUUAGUUGUAUAGUGACGUCGUUGAAUCCGAAUGUUUUGGUUGAUCUGGAGUUGGAUAAUGUUGGGGUGGAAGCGAACAUCGUAGGCUGUAUCGCAAGCUUCAUGGAUUCCGCUAAAGACUUGAAAAUAAGAAGAUUCGCAUUGUCGAAUUGCAAAUUGGUUGAUGGAUUAUUUAUGAGGAUAUUUAGGAGCAUCAACCGCGCAAAACACCUUCAAACGAUAACACUGAAGAACAACAAUCUUACCUUCAUCACGCUAAAGAAAUUACUGCAACGGCAACCCCCAGUUCCUCAAAUAAAUCUACAGGGUUGCCAGGACAUAUUUAAAUAUUCUCCCGAUUCUGAUUUUCAAGUUUGGUUGCCAGCUAUCGAUUUUGGUAGAUGUAUACCAGAGAUAAAUGUGACGCCGGUAUCAAAAACGGAUGAAGAAAGGGAAAGCUUUAAGUCUUUUUCUAAGACCUGGUUGAAUUGUUUUAAAGGUAGAGGCAUGAUAGAACAUUGCGAAGGAGGUGUUAUAAAAUUCACAGCUAGAUGAGAUUUAAUUGUAUGUUGUAAGUUAUUAAAAUGAUCAAAUUAAUAACAAUAUGAUAUUAUAAUACUGAAUGAAAUUAUUGUUGCGGUUCACGAAGCGAAGUAUGAAUUUAUUGAUAGACAGCGUACCCGGGCGAGUAGUCUCGAUCAAGUCUACCAAAGUUCAAUAUCAAUAAUCGUUAUCGCUUUAUAAACAAAAUAAAUAUUUCUCAAGGUCGUUUAUAAUUCAAGUUAUCAACAAAUCACAAUCUGUUUGAAUUCUCACGCAGAUUUGUCUCUUUUCUAAAGCGAUAAUGAUUAUCAAUACUGAAUUUAACUAGGGGGGUGUUCGAAACCCCACUCCAAAAACUACCUCAUUGAAUUUUGAAGUUAUUUAUUCUUACCCACUGACUCUUUUUUGAGUGAUUUGCUCGAAGUUGCUAAAACAUUGUGUCCUUUUAAUCCAGAUAGUUUU